AGUCAGUGUAGUCAGGGGAUCUCACUGCCAGAAAUUGUUCGGCUAGGAUGCAAGGCUGUUUCAUUUCGUCAUUUUAUUUCGAGAGGGGUCACGGGUUCUCUGUCUCGCCCAUGUGAUUUGGCCUUUCCAACCAAUCAGAUAUCACAAUUCAGACUGGGCAUAGCAAAGGGGAGAGGGAAAAAAUCAUUUUCAUUCGCUGUUUUUUAAAAUCUUUUGCGAAACGUCGAAAGGGGUCGCCGUCUGUUUUACGCUGCACGAAGGUGACUGGUUGGCUGGCUGUUCCAUCACACUCUCAUUGGCCCUGGGACUCUUCUUUUACGUGACCACACCCCUUCCUUCACAUCCAAUCCCAACAUGGAACCACCCAAGGUGCAGCAGCCAGGCGAAGGAGGCCUCAACGUCACCCUCACCAUCAGGCUCCUGAUGCACGGCAAGGAGGUUGGAAGCAUCAUUGGAAAGAAAGGAGAGACAGUGAAGAAGAUGCGUGAAGAGGUAAGCGCAAGCGGUGCACGCAUCAACAUCUCUGAGGGAAACUGCCCAGAGCGGAUAGUUACCAUCACCGGACCCACAGAUGCCAUCUUCAAGGCCUUCGCCAUGAUCGCAUACAAGUUCGAAGAGGAUAUAAUCAACUCCAUGAGCAACAGUCCAGCCACCAGCAAGCCUCCUGUCACCCUGCGUCUGGUGGUCCCAGCCAGCCAAUGUGGCUCCCUCAUAGGGAAAGGAGGCUCCAAGAUCAAAGAAAUGAGAGAGUCCACAGGUGCUCAGGUACAGGUAGCAGGGGACAUGCUGCCCAACUCCACUGAACGAGCAGUCACCAUCUCAGGGGCCCCGGAAGCCAUUAUCCAGUGUGUCAAGCAGAUCUGUGUGGUCAUGCUAGAGUCCCCACCGAAAGGUGCCACUAUCCCCUACCGCCCCAAGCCUGCCUCCACCCCCAUCAUUUUUUCAGGUGGCCAGGUAAGAGCCGACCCGCUGGGGGCCUCCACCGCCAACCUCAGCCUCUUACUGCAGCACCAGCCACUGCCUGCUUACACCAUUCAGGGACAAUACGCCAUCCCUCACCCUGAUGGAGGAGGAGGUCAAUUUCAAGGAAUACCUCAACGUAGUCAAAUGGACAUGCUCUGCUGUCCCUCCUACCCCCCUCAGCAGUUGACCAAGCUCCACCAGUUGGCUAUGCAGCAAACCCCCUUUAAUCCCCUUGGACAGACCACCCCUGCCUUCCCCGCAGGUCUGGAUGCCAGUAACCAGGCCAGUACUCAUGAACUCACCAUUCCCAAUGAUCUAAUAGGCUGCAUAAUCGGGCGCCAGGGAACCAAAAUCAACGAGAUCCGUCAGAUGUCUGGGGCGCAGAUCAAAAUUGCUAACGCCAUGGAAGGGUCAUCGGAGCGCCAGAUCACCAUCACAGGAACCCCCGCCAACAUCAGUCUGGCACAGUACCUCAUCAACGCAAGGUUCAGAGACGUGGCGGCCAUGUGGAAUGACCCAUCCUCCAUGACGACAUCCUGAGGAUCCAGCCCGGCCGGCCUCCACUCACUCUGCUCCUCUCCCUUCCAUCUCCUGACCACUGAAGACAUGAUGUUCCUACCGAACUCCUGAUGAUGAUGCCCUCUAGACUAAUGGAUCUGGCUCUGAUAAGAACUCCCUCGACCCUCCAGCUUACUACCAUGAUCGCUCUCUAAUAAGGGAGUUGUUGCUUUCAGAGAAACUGAAAAAUAAGAAAUGUCUUUGUUUUCAUUGAUUUUAGACCUUUAGACAAGUGUUGAAGCAUGUUGAAUGUUCAUUAGGAUCAAAUUGUGUUAUUCUGCAUUAUCUCUCUCUAUCUCUAUCUCUAUCUCUGUUAGUGUUACAAAAAUAGGAUUUCAAUAUCAGUUUGAAAAUUUUUUUACAAAAAAAAUGUAAAAGUGUGAAAACAUUGGAAAAAAUUGCUAUUGUUUCAUUUUCUAGGUGCUGGGUGAUGCUAUCGGCACAGUAUGGUGGGAUGUAGCCCAAUGAUUACUUCAUGAUGCUCUUUUGAAAAGAGGUAUUUUUAUCUAAAUUAAAUCAUUCUAUUUUUACCAUUAUUCGGAUCCUUAAAAUGAUCUACGUACUAAUCUGAUCUCUACCCAUAACUCUUUGCUGCAUCACAUGACCCCUUUGAGCCAAUGGUAUCACUCCUAGAGCCCUCCUUUCUAUGUUAAUUUCCUGUAUUUUACAUUAUGACUUAUACUGCAUGUGUUCAGUAAUGUAUUGUAUGUAUUUGAGUAUUCCAGUUCGGUGUAUGUGUUCCUACAUAUGGUGUUGCUAUGUUAGGGCUGGUGGGAGGAGCUAUAAGAGGACAGCUCAUUGUAAUGGCUGGAAUGGAAUUAAUGGAACGGAGUCAAAGGUGUGGUUUCCAUAUCUUUGAUGUGUUUGCUACUGUUCCAUGAAUUCCAUUCCAGCCAUUACAAUGAGCCCGUCCUCCUACAGCUCCUCCCACCAGCCUCCACCGCUCCAAACCUUUUCCGCAAGUAUUUUCAUGACCUUUUUUUGCCAUUCACGUCUAGUCCUACAACUACCCCAAAUGAAUAACUCUCCCUCACAACCUCCAGGAACCCUAUUAAUAGUACUUUAGAAGCAUGAAAGGAAAUUACUCAAGAAAAGAAUCAUCAGUGGCUAAAAACUGUAUCCUAACUGACUGAAAACUAAAAUGAUUGUUAACUCGAUUUCUUAACGAAGACUACUGUGGGUGACCACAUAGUCAGCUAUGCUACGCUCAUGCAAUAGACAAUUAAAUUCUUCAUUAUACUGUGGACUGCCUCUAGUAUGUGAGGAAUUAGUUGGACUUAAGACUAUUGCUGUGUCCAAAUUCUCUUAGCUGGCUUCCUUUCAUCGUCUCCUUCACUCCCAUGUCCACGAUAGGUAAAAAAGGCUUCAAUGUACUACUCUUGAAGGAAAGGAGACCAGGGGAGGAAGCUGCUUGAUAUUAUUGGCCACAGGUUUUUGGAUGGAGCCAAAUGUUUAUGGGCCAUGGAAUGUUCUGGGGUUCAUUGGGGAACCCGUGGGGCCUGGGCGGACGUGUCUACUCCCAUGCCGCCACUUUCGCGAUUGUUCAUCCAUCAUGUUAUUUUUAUUAUAGUAUUGUUUAUUAUUUAAUGCUUUAGGUUUUGAAUGUCAUUAUGCUUUUACGACGAUGUCAACAGAUUAAAUGACAAAGUCCUGUUGCUCAUUUUAAGUGAUGAUUUAAAAAACAAAAAAUUACAAUUCUAUUUAUGGUUUCUUGGUGCAUUAUAAUGACUUUUUUCGUUGAUCAGGAUAUUUAAGCUAGAAUUUUUUGUGUGUACUGUAUUGGAUUUCAGGGUAGGUUUGGGCUAUAUUUGCUUGGAUUAAACAUGUAAGAUUCCCUUCAUAACAAUUCUCAAGCUUAUUCAAAGUAUAGGCGGUUGUGACAUGUCAUGUUUGCAAGCUUGGGCUGAGGUCAUAUUCAGCAUUGAUGCAUAUGAACAGCCGUUGAAUGUUAUCCUCUCAACACAGGUCAUUCAUUCACUGUCCAACUGGUUUCAAGUACAGUAAAAACCAUCUUGGUGUGGAUUUUCAUUCUGUAAGAUUGGCUACUUUCAUGUAACUCCCUGUUUUGGUUUCAAUAUGCUGAGCCUGACUUUGGGUCUAAUUUCAAUCGCUUUCAUCAUAUAAACGUGAUAUGUCAAUGGACCAAAUGCUGUACUGAUGUACUGAACGAUGCAUAGUUGAUUAUUAUUCUGCAAUAAUACUUACAUUUUGAUGUUAAACUUAAGUAGUAGUGCUAGCCUUGAUAUUAUGGGUUUGUGUUAUUCGUUUAAUUUACAAAUUUGUCAUAGCUUGUAAUUCAAUGGAAUGUUUGUCAUUUAAACAAGUUAAAAUGUAUAUUUUCUUUGGCAAGCUCGCUUUUUAGAACUGUUCUGCUUCUCAUCAUGGAUUGCAUUCAGACUAGGCAGGAAUAUUGAAUUGUUGAAAUAGUGAUGCCAAUGUGAUUUCAAUAACUUCAAUAUCCAUAUGUUGUUACAGUGUAUUGAAACUGUAUUUACACUGGCGUAUAUGACUGAGUAUACACACCUACUGAAACAGACUAAAAUGCAACUGAUGCAAUAAUAAGGGAAUGAUGUGCAAUUACUAUUUUUUGUUUUUUCUUGUGCAUAUAAUACAAGGAACAUUUGUCACGUAUUUACAAAUCAUUGUUGCUUCUUGAUUUUGUUUCUUUCUGGGCUGCGGCAGUAGCAAAAAUGUGAGGUUUUUUUUUCAGUUUUUGCUCCUGUAUAUUUUGCUUGUUUGGAAAAUGUAACAGAGCUUGGUAUAUAUUUUCAGUUGGAUUAUUUGCAAUGAGCAAAUCUAUAUUAGUUUGAAGCAAUUUAAUUAUUUAGGUUACUUUUGAAAUUGUUUGUAAUUAUGAAAAUGAAUAAAGUUUUUUUUCUUCUUGUGAA